GCGCGGAGCUGGGAGCGCGAUGGUCGGCCGCCGAGGCGCGGCAAGAUGCUGGAUGGGUCCCCGCUGGCGCGCUGGCUGGCCGCGGCCUUCGGGCUGACGCUGCUGCUCGCCGCGCUGCGCCCUUCGGCCGCCUACUUCGGGCUGACAGGCAGCGAGCCCCUGACUGUCCUUCCGCUGACCCUGGAGCCAGAGGCGGCCGCCCAGGCGCACUACAAGGCCUGUGACCGGCUGAAGCUGGAGCGGAAGCAGCGGCGCAUGUGCCGCCGGGACCCGGGCGUGGCAGAGACGCUGGUGGAGGCCGUGAGCAUGAGUGCGCUCGAGUGCCAGUUCCAGUUCCGCUUUGAGCGCUGGAACUGCACGCUGGAGGGCCGCUACCGGGCCAGCCUGCUCAAGCGAGGCUUCAAGGAGACUGCCUUCCUCUAUGCCAUCUCCUCGGCUGGCCUGACGCAUGCACUGGCCAAGGCGUGCAGCGCGGGCCGCAUGGAGCGCUGUACCUGCGAUGAGGCGCCCGACCUGGAGAACCGUGAGGCCUGGCAGUGGGGGGGCUGCGGAGACAACCUCAAGUACAGCAGCAAGUUUGUCAAGGAAUUCCUGGGCAGACGGUCAAGCAAAGAUCUGCGAGCCCGUGUGGACUUCCACAACAACCUCGUGGGUGUGAAGGUGAUCAAGGCUGGGGUGGAGACCACCUGCAAGUGCCACGGUGUGUCAGGCUCAUGCACGGUGCGGACCUGCUGGCGGCAGUUGGCGCCUUUCCAUGAGGUGGGCAAGCAUCUGAAGCACAAGUAUGAGACGGCACUCAAGGUGGGCAGCACCACCAACGAAGCUGCCGGUGAGGCAGGCGCCAUCUCCCCACCACGGGGCCGUGCCUCGGGGGUAGGCGGCAGCGACCCACUGCCCCGCACUCCAGAGCUGGUGCACCUGGACGACUCGCCUAGCUUCUGCCUGGCCGGCCGCUUCUCCCCGGGCACCGCUGGCCGUAGGUGCCACCGCGAGAAGAACUGUGAGAGCAUCUGCUGUGGCCGCGGCCAUAACACACAGAGCCGGGUGGUGACGAGGCCCUGCCAGUGCCAGGUGCGUUGGUGCUGCUAUGUGGAGUGCAGGCAGUGCACGCAGCGUGAGGAGGUCUACACCUGCAAGGGCUGAGUUCCCAGGCCCCGCCAGCCCUGCUGCACAGGGUGCAGGCAUUGCACACGAUGCGAAGGGUCUACACCUGCACAGGCUGAGUUCCUGGGCUCGACCAGCCCAGCUGCGCGGGGUACAGGCAUUGCACACAGUGUGAAUGGGUCUACACCUGCAUGGGCUGAGUCCCUGGACUCAGCCCUAGCAGCAUGGGGUGAGUUCCUGGGCUCAGUCCUAGCUGCAUGGGGUGCAGGCAUUGCACAGAGCAUGAAUGGGCCUACACCUGCCAAGGCUGAAUCCCUAGGCCCAGCCAGCCCUGCUGCACAUGGCGCAGGCAUUGCACACGGUGUGAGGAGUGUACACCUGCAAGGACUGAGGCCCUGGGCCCAGUCAGCCCUGCUGCUCAGAGUGCAGGCAUUGCACACAGUGUGAGAAGGUCUACACCUGCAAGGGACGAGUCCCUGGGCCUGGCCAACCCUGCUAUGCAGGGUGAGGGCCAUGCAUGCAGCGUGAGAGGUCUACACCUGCAAGGACUGAGGGGCUUUUCUAGCAUGUUGGGGCGUACAGUUGGAGCAGGGUGCCGGGGGUCCUCUGGGUUGGCUGUCCAAGCCCUGUGUCUCCCCCUCUCCAGGACCCAGAGGCGGGAGUUGGCUCUGGUCUGGCGUAUGCAACCUCUCUGCUUGUGCUCUGGGCCUCAGCUUCCUCCCUCUGACCCGAGAGCAUUGCACCAAUGCUUUCUGAGCUUUCUCCCAUCCCUAACACGCCAGUUCCUGGGAAGCGGCUCCCUAUGCCAAUCCAUUGGCUUUCCCUCCCCACCUCCUCUGAGGCAUGGGUGGCAGGUGCACCUUGGUGACCAUGUGGCCUCCGUGUGGGCCACCCGUUGGGGACUGGCCUGGCCCAGGCUGCCCCAACACCAGCACUGUCUUCAGAGACUCAAACCACUAGAAGAGGACGCAGCCUGUUCUGCACUCCCAGGGCCCAGCCAUGCAGGUGCCCAGGCUCGGGGGACACUGCUGACCUCUGACAUUGAGCACUUCUCUUUGGAGUAAAUAUCAGUGACUUUUAAAUUAUUAUGAUUAUUUAACUAAUAUAAUAAUUAUUAUUUUCUCCAUCCCUGCCAUCUCCCAGGCUGCAGCUACCCGCUCUCGGCCAAGCCCCAGUCUGGGAGGGCCCCGCCUUCUGUCCCUGACAUGUUCCCUCCUAACCCUGCCUCUGAUCUGCUUAGUCGUUUGAAACCACUAAAUCGAGAUAGAUGUGUAUAGUUAAGGAAAUACAGUGAGCUGAGUCUGGCCACAGCCCUUGGGGCUUCUGGAAGCCAGCUCCCCCCACCCCAUGCCAGCCAGCCACUGCCAUGUGGUGGGCCAGCCGGCGGCCCCUGCCCUGCACCCUGUGGGCAGACGGCCUGGCCUCCAGGCAGCUCGGUGUGGAUUCUCGGGCUGGGGGUGGUGGGAAGGGGUGGGCAUGGUGAGGGGGCAGGGCAGUCCUUUGAUUGGUUCAUGUCAUGUCACGAGGAAGCUGCUUGCUUUGUGUCACUGGGGGACAGAUUGGGACAGAUGCGGUGGAGGCAGUCUUGGGCUCACAUCUGGCCAUGGAACGCCAUGCUUUAUGGCCCUGCUGUUGUGUGUGCUGGGGACAGGGUGACCUGCACUGACCUGGCUUGGUUUGAGGGUGUAGUGUGUGUGUGUGUUGUGAGAGUGUGUGUGCUGGCGCGGUCAGUGUGCAUACAUGUGCGUGUGUUGUGAGUGCGUGUGUGCUGGCGUGGUCAAUGUGUGUAAGCAUGUGUUGUGUAAAUGUGUGCUGGCGUGGUGUGUGUGUGUGUGUGUGUGUGUGUGUGUACUGGCAUGGUCAGCUUGGCCAUGCUGUGCUGUCAGUGGCAUGGCGGUGCCUUAGGUUCCCAGAGCCUCUCGCGGUGGGCUCCAUCUUGUGGGUGUCCUGAUGGCUGUGGGCUGGGUUCUGGGCGGGUUGCUGGUAUGGAUACAGGAACUACUGAGUGAAUAGGUGUCUCAGAGCCCCAAGGUCUCCAGAAAGCUGGGGUGUCUGCGUUUUUAAAAGAAAACCUAUUUAUGUUGCUGUGGGUCUCCGCCGUCCCUGUGUUAUAGUACAUAAGAACCUUUAUUCUCCUGUGGUUCAGAGAGCACCCUGACACGUGCCUGCAGCUGCAUCCCCAUACCACAGUGUGGGUGCAAGACGCUGGGUUUGUCCUUUGCCUGGUGAAGCCUGGCUAGAAGCGGCGGGGGUGGUAGCCCGUGCCCUCUGCAGUGUCCGCAUCCACUGGACCCUGAGCAGCAUAGCUGGCCACACCCUCAUGACAUGACAAGACUGUCACUCAGUCACUACUGGGUCUAUGAAGGGCGUCAAGUCAGAGGAAGGUUUUUAUUUUUAAUCAAAUACCACAUUUAGCUCUAUGUCAUAAAUAUUCAGAAAAGUAUUUUUUUAAACAAGGCAGACCAAAAAUGUCUGCUAGCUGGUUGGUUUCUAUACAAAUAUAUAUUCGAAUGUGUUGCUGGAUGAAGAGGCCACUCAGCCGGAGCCUCCUGUUUCAUGCGCUUCUCUUCCGAGGGGCGGUAGAGAAAGGGCUGUUGGGAGGGGUUCAGCCCGCUCCUUGGCCAGGGGAUCCCAGCCACCUUCUGUGCACCGGGCCCUGCCACGAGGGACCUGGACCCCCAGGUGGCUUCUGGCCAGGUGUGGGUGGGUGGGAGGGGCCCUGUCUGUGCUCCGAGUCUCCGUGGGUGCAAUGAUUUCUCUACCUCAUCUGUGUGGCCCGUCCCAGAGGGACUGUGGAGAAUGUAUUUAUUUAACAGCUUUGUGUCACAGAACCAGAAACAAAUGGAAACACUAAAUAAAUGUAUUUUAAAUUAUA